CUUCUCAAGAUAAGAGAUGAUGUCACAUGGUACAUAAGGAAGCUAGGCUUGAGCAAGCUCUUCAAGCUAGAGUGUAGUGAGUACUCACAACUCACCAAGGAGUUCCUCUCCACAGUAGCUCUUGCCUUUCCCAACCACAAUGGAGACCAACCAGCUGGUGAUGGACUCCUACUCUUCAAGAUAGGCGAUGCCAAUGGGCGCAUCUCCAUCUCAGCUCUAUGCCAACUCUUUGGACUUCCCAAUGAGACAGCACAUGACUUCAAGGAGAACUCAAAGAGGAAACAAGCUGCCUUUGCUGAUUGGACACACUUUGCCAAUGAACCAUUCUUGCCUUCAAGGUCAAAGGUGUCUAGAAUCACUCAUCCAGCCAUUCGCUAUGUGCACCGCCUCAUCUCCACCACUUUCCAAUGCAAACAAGAAGCCAACAAGGUCACAACUGAUGAGUUCUACAUCCUCACCACACCAUUCAUCAAGCAUGAGUACAAGGCCAACCUUGGACUUUUACUUGCCAAGACAUUCAUCAAUGUGAGGAAGCUAGCUCAAGACUUGGAAGGCAACAAGAAGCUUUGUGUUCGUUUUGGGAGGCUUAUCACGGCCAUAGUACUGCAUGUGGGGAUUGACAUUCCCAACUAUGAGCCACUACCCAAGCCAACCCCUUUGGAUCUCCAUGCUCUUCAGCACAUCCACUUCCUAAACCGUUGGACUAAAGACCCAACUCGGUUUUGCUAUGAGUUUCCAAUUGGUCCAGCCAACACUUCCCUUGUCUUGCUGCCACAUGAAGACAUCCCAAGCCUACGCUCAGGAGUUGUCACUUUCCAGCCCAAUGAGGAAGACUUCUAUGUUCCAUCAAGUGAGAAACCAUCAUUCCCCAUGCUCACCUAUCGCACACUUCAGCAUGCAGUCAAGACUCAACGCCGCCUCCAAGAACGCCAUGUUCUCACUACUGGCAUGGCCGCGCAUCAGGCUCUAGACCGUGUUAACAAGCUGGAGAAGAUAGUGGAAUGCCAAUCUCGCUUCAUCUCACGCCUAGUCCGUGUAGUUCGCCACAUUGCACCGGAGAGACUCUUUCGCCCUUCUUCCACCGCUAGAGAGCCAUAUGAGCCUGACCUUGGUGAGUUCUCACUAGACUCAGAGCUUGGUUCAGAAGGCGAUGACCCCAUAGAUGAGGAAGAGAGUUCUUCUCACUGCCACACAUAG